AUGGUACUGACUACACAUCCUGACUUGGAACUCAUUAAGAUAUACGUGGAAAUUGAAGGGCUCGACCCCAUUGAAGUUCCUUUAGGAAAAGGUGAUAUAGAGGUCAAAAUUCCGGAACAUACAAAAUACACCCAAACUUUUCAUUUCAAGGUUAAAAACAAGCCAUUGAAGAAGUUCUGGUUUAAAGUUACUGCUAAGAAGCAUGGAAUCACUGUAAAUGAAAGAACCACUGAAGUUGGUGAUGAAUUUGAACCUAGAGAGGAGGAAUAUGUAGAAAGGCUCCCAGAACAAGAGACUCCAGGAGGGUUUUUAAUUAGAGGGCGGUUUCCAACAGUAAGUACUUACUAUUCUGGAGAUGAGGUAUUAAUUGAGUCACCUUGGACUUUGGAAAUUACGAAAAAGUGA